AUGUCUCCGAUGUCCCCCAGCAACCUGGCCGUCUUCGCACGAGCUAGCAGCGGCGACGACGCCCUCCCGGACUCGCCCCCAGACUCAUCCAACUGGCUCACCCCAGGCGCGGGCCUGACCCCAGACUCAGGCGACCAGGCGCCGUCACUACGGGUCUUCGUCAUCACGGUCGGCGUGCUGGCGACCUACAACGCGGCCGAGAUAGCGUGCAUGACGCUGUUGACGUUCAAGCACUACCGCGGGCUGUACUUCUACUCGGUCCUCAUCUCGGCCCUCGCCAUAAUCCCCUACACCAUCGGCUUCGCCCUCGACCUCCUGGACGUGACGGACGGCCGCUCUCGGUACGCCGCCAUCACGCUCAUCACGGUGGGCUGGUGGCCCAUGGUGUCGGGCCAGGCGCUGGUGCUGUGGUCGAGGCUGCACCUGAUCGUGCCCAAGGGCCCGCGGGGUGAGCGCAUCGUGCGCUGGACGGGGUGGAUGAUCGCCGUCGACGCGGUGGUGUUCCACCUGCCGACCACGGUGUUCACGUACGGGUCGUCGGUGCACGGCCCUUCGGUGGGCGCGUUUGCUAAGGGGUAUGAUGUUAUGGAGAAGAUACAGAUGACCGGGUUUUUCUGCCAGGAGGUUGUGCUGUCUUCUAUCUAUGUCGUGGAGACGUUCCGUAUAUUGCGUACGAGCCUGCAGCCUGAUACGCGGACUACGAUGCGGCAGUUGUUGGCUAUUAAUGCGGUGAUUAUCGCGAUGGACUUGGGACUUCUGGGGCUCGAGGCGGCGAGCUAUUAUAUCCUCGAGACGAUGCUCAAGGGCGUCGUGUAUUCCAUCAAGCUCAAGCUCGAGUUCGCCAUCCUCGGCAAGCUGGUCAGCUUCUACUCGGUCGGCUUCGUGUCAACCACCACGGCCCCGGCCUGCCGUAAGCGCCGCGACCGCCGCGAGGAGGAGGACGACGUCAUGCUGGGGAACAUGGACCACAUCAGCGAGUUUGUCGACCUCGACAGGGUCGCGGGCGACGUCACGCGCCCGUCGAGAAGUACGGACUCUGGCACCCGGAGCAGGGGCGGGAGUGCCGUGAUGGGCGACGACGAGUAUGACUUUGCGAGGUUUGAGUAUGUCGAAGACGUUACGACGUUGCGGGAUAGCCUUGUGGGGAUGUAG